AUGUCUGGUCACCCAGCAAAUAAUUUACCCGUAUUUCCACCCGUCAAAGACCCGUCAUACGCGGGUAGCAGCCACCCGUUUUGGGAAACGGGUACUGGGUCGAAAAAAAACAGAAUACUGUUGAACGGCGCAAUUCUGUUGAAGAUGGACUGCCAAUGUGUCCUGCAACACCUUUCUCAAAAUGCCAGAAUGUAUGAUCAUUUGCUCAAAAUCCCAACCAUUGCAGAAGGAGUUGCAGAAAGCAUUGGCAAGGCAUUCCUCAACAUCUUGCAGCCCAAGGCCCACAUCACUUGCUGGAGAUGGGAAGAACAUGAAAUACUGCCAAUGAUAAAUGAACCAGAAAAUCAGAGAGAGAUUCAGGAACAGCAACUAAAAGAAAAACUGGAACAAGACCGGUUCUUUCCAUGUACAGGAAACAUUAUAUCUGUCAAGAAUGUGAGUGGAGUAUUUGGAGGUCUUGAUCUAGAAACUAUGGGAACAAAGGACAGAAUUCAUGAUGAAGAAGGCACACUGAAGCCAGGACAGCAGUUAUUGAGACAAUGUACCUGCAAUGUUCACUUGAACAUUGCUGAUUCAUUGUUGUUUGCGCCUGCUGCCGCGGGCUUUGUUGCCCAGGACUUGGUGCUGUCUUGCAUCUGGUCCAUGGCAAGGAUUACGGGAAAAGACCCUGCUCUGUAUGGUUUGUGCCCCGGACGUGCACCCAAGUGGCGUGCGGACGGUACUGCCACAGAUGGCAUCCCUCCCCUGGGCAAGCACAAGCAUUGUGUGGCAAAUGGCUUGUGUCCCUGCAUGCCGCAGGCUCUUCCUGCACUGGAUGGUGUGGGUGCUCUAGGCAACCCUUUUGCACAGUAA